AACUGAUUAUGCAAAAACAAGAGUGGGAAUACUUUCAUCUUCGGCGUCAUCGCUCACACCGGGCUCGUUUAACUAAUCCGCUAAUUCUACGCAAACCCACGUGGAAGUGCUUGUCCACGCCACAGAAACUGGACCACAUGGCAUCGUGUAGCAACUACUUUACGCACCUGUAAAUUCGGCGAGGGUUUUGAGUCGAAAAACACACAGUGUGGUACUUUGCGCGCUGUGCUGACAUUAGCCUGCUAAUAAUAGGGACCGUUAGUCGCGCGUGGAUGGGAGGGGGUGGAGAACACCUUUCCCCCCUCUCUCCUGUCGUGAUGACGUCAGGACGGUGCGUCCGUCCAGGAGCCAUCAUCAUCACCAUCCUCCUCAUCCUCCUCCUGCUCAUGUUUACCUGAAGGCGGCUCGGCGAUGGCUUAGAAAUCAGAAGAAUUAAAAGAAUACCUGCUGAAGCUCGACCGGAAGCGGAUCUCGUGGCGUGCGUGUCGCGAGGACCUGGACACACACACGCACAAGGGGCUGCAAAUGACAACCUGCGCAGUGACAAACUUGAAUGGUGGCUUGGAGGCCAGCAGCUCCGACUCGGAUGAUGAUGACAAGCUACACAUCGUGGAAGACGAAAGCCCGCCGGACGCCGAUGCCUUCGCUGUUGCGAGGAGGGGCCGCCGCCAUCCCAAAGAUGCAACAGAUGCCAACAACGCAGUAUUAGCACACAACGGAGCCUGGAAUGGAGUGAAAGAGGAGGAGGAGGAGGAGUGUGUGUCCGGAGAUGAAGAUGAAGAUGGAAAGGUGGAGGCGCAGGUUGUCGUGAAGAAAGAAGUGGAGGAGGAGGAGAUCCUUGAGAAAGAAGGCACGGCCGUCCUCUGCCCGCAAGCCCCCGACGAUGAGCAGAGUCCCAUGGAGACGGGGGGCGCCGACGAAAACGGCACGCCGGACACGCUUCAACUGCACACGUGUCCGUACUGCUCGCGGGGCUACAAGCGCAAUGCUUCACUGAAGGAACACAUCAAGUAUCGGCACGAAACCAGUGAAGACAACUACCGCUGCUCGCACUGCAGCUACACCUUCACGUACCGCUCGCAACUCGAGAGGCACAUGAGCCACCACCGGGGCAACAAGGAGCAGCGUCACGUGCAGCCAUCCGGUGGUGGUGGAAGUGGAGGAGGCGCUCGCAAGUUCAAGUGCACGGAGUGCUUCAAGGCCUUCAAGUACAAACACCACCUGAAGGAGCACUUGCGCAUACACAGCGGCGAGAAGCCAUAUGAGUGCUCCAACUGCAAGAAGCGAUUCUCCCAUUCAGGCUCGUACAGCUCGCACAUUAGCAGCAAGAAGUGCGUGAGUGCGGCCUGCACCCCCAACGGCCUGGCGCGCAAGCCUGUUAAAUCACCGCAGCCCAUCGGCGACAACCCGCGGGUCGCCAUCACCUCGGCCCGCGUGGAAAGCAAACCACUCCAAGAGCAGCUGCCCCUCACGCAAAUCAAAUCAGAGGUGACCGAGCCCCCAAGCAAGCCGGCCAUUGUGGCGGCGCCGGCCGCCAACGGGGCGGCACCACAGCCCCAACAACCCCUGUCUCAGGGUGUAGCUAUGGUGCUCCCAACUAUGGGUCUGGUGCCGCCCAUCAACAUCAACCUGAGUGAGCUGCAGAACGUCCUGAAGGUGGCUCUGGAUGGGAAUGUUUUGAGGCAGGUUCUGGGGACUGCCAAUGGGGCCGUGGUGCAGGGCAAGCCGGGAAUCGUGGUACAACAACCUCAGCAGCAGAUCAUCAGCCUGCCUGCCUUUGUGGACCACGACGGGACCACCAAGAUCAUCAUCAACUACAGCAUCGGACCCGCGCCUGCCACCGCUGCCACAACUGUCACCUCUGCCCAACCCAUGCCUCUUUUUGUCAAAAACAACAUUGUCCCGGCUGCACCCAUCCCGACCAAAACGGACAAGCCACCGACUUCUAAGAUGGACCUCAGCUUGGUCAAGGAUGAACCCGAAGAGUCGGUGCUCAUCACGGAAACAAAAACAGACCAAGUGAUGACCGUCAAGAAGGAAGAAGGUGAGGUACCUCCACCCAACUCUGAGUCCAGCACUUGUUCUCUCUGCGAUGAGUGCCCCGAGCAUCUGGAGGCACUGCACUUGCUCCAGCACCACAAGGCAGCCAAUGGGGAGGCGGUGGACUCGGCCGCCUUGGACCCAUCCUUUGCCGCCUUGCUUAGUGAUGCUGGGGUGACAGUGCAGCAGGAGCCAGCCGUGGACGACCUCCUGACCCUCCUCAAGACCUACUUCGCCUCCAAUGCCAACCCCAACCAGGCCGAACUGGAGAAGAUCUCAGACUCGGUUAGUAUUCCUGUGGGCGUGGUGCGUAAGUGGUUUGCCAAGAUGAACUCUGGGACAAAGAGCUGCCAAGACAGGACAGCAUCCAAACAGACUGAAUCCUUAAACUGUGAGUCGGAGGACACCAAGCAAGCUGCUUCUAGAUUACAGUCUGAUUCCCCGUCGUUAAACGCCAGUGACCUGGUCAUCGUCAAAAGCGAGCCAGAGGACCCCGAGGCUCAAGAGUCCCAGGCGGAACCCUUGGACCUGUCCCUCCCAAAGCACCUCACCGCUCCCAUUACUGCUGCACCCUCAGAGGAUGCACCACCUGCCAAAAAAACAUCGCACCCUCUGAAUCUGACCUGUCUGAGGAAGGAACAGGUGGGGGGUCGUACUGUCUAUGUGGCCACGCCCCAGACACGUAGAACCGCUGUCAGCAUUGUGCCCAGCUCUCAGCUGCCCACACUGGUGGCCAUCACGGGUCAGGGCACAGUGGGCUGCCUUGGUACCCUGGGGGGCUCGGCCAAGCGCACCAUCCUCAUCCCACAGCUCACCUAUACGUACGCCAACACGGCCGGAGGCGCAGCCAAGACGGUGGUGCUUAACGGACACAAGACGCCGGCCCCGAGUACCGACGCUGUGGCGGACGAGCAAAAGGAGACGUUGGUCAUGAAGAAGCCCCGUCUGGAAAACGGUGUCUAUGCUUGCGACCUGUGCAACAAGGUCUUUCAGAAGGGGAGCUCCUUGCUCAGGCACAAAUACGAACACACAGGAAAGCGCCCUCAUGAGUGUCCAGUGUGCAAGAAAGCCUUCAAGCACAAGCACCAUCUAAUUGAGCACUCGCGCCUCCACUCGGGUGAAAAACCCUACCAGUGUAACAAGUGUGGCAAGCGCUUCUCGCACUCUGGCUCCUACUCGCAGCACAUGAAUCAUCGCUACUCCUACUGCAAGCGAGACGGCUCCGAUUCCGGCUCCAGCCCGGACGGCGAUGCCACCGCCAUCGUCGUGGGCGACCUGGACGCCACGCUGGACUCGGAAGUCGGCGAGAGCGAAGAGGACGACGAAGCCAUGUGCGUGGAUGACAUCCGAGUCGUCCAAGUGGACGACGGCGAGUGCGAAAUUUACGAGGGCAACUUUGACGACGACGACGACGACGAAGAAGAUGAUGACGAUGAUGUGGAAGAUGAAGAACAUGAAGAAAAGAAGGAGAAAAACCUGGACGUGGAUGAAUUUGCGUGCCAGGUGGUCGAGGUGGAGCUGAAGCACGAUCAGACACAGGAGUCUGCCGUCGAGCAGAAGGUGGACAAGGCCGAGGCUGCCGGCGUCCACCUGGAACAGAUGGCGGACUGCGCGUAUAAAAGCAUCAGGGACUGGUCGGACAGUGAAGAGUCCUCCGAUGACCAAGCUGUGACGGACACCAAAUAAGCCAACCAUCCUCCUGCCCCACCUUUGGGACACUUUGAGAGCCACACGGCUUCGACUCCGGCUUCUGCUCCUGCACUGGUUCUGGGUCUAGGUCUCCAAUUCAGUAGGGAAUACAGACCCUCUUGAAAAUGGACCCCUCUUUAGAAUAGCGACGACCCCCCUCACCAAAAUGACAUUGAAACUGUGACAACCUUGAAAUUGGCCGUUACUCUUCUUUUCGUCACAGAAGUAAUGGCUUUACAAUGUUUGGCAGCCCCCAGAAAGGUUCAGAAUUGCCUAUAGAUGCCAAGUUGGUGGCAAAGCACUAACUUUGUCAAGAGGAAACUUAUCAACUCCAAUAUAGUUCCUUGGCGCCAAGAUGCCACGAGAUGCUGGCAAAGCACUACUUUUGUCAAUAUGAAGCUCCUCAAUUCACUUCAAAAUUGUUGUUCGGCGCUCCGAUUUUUAUUGCUUUUAUUGCUUUUGUCUGAGCACAGAAACAUAAUUAUGGAGGAUAGGUUAAACCCCCAACAACCCCCUCCCCCUCAAAAAAAUCUGCGAUUAGGUAAUUUUGCAUAUACUGAACCGCAAAUAUGUGGGGGAUCACUGCACUUAAAAUGUAUGCUUCAGUAUAUUUUAGCCACGGGUGGUCAUAUUCUACGGGGUCCAUUUGCAAUCUUACAAAGUAUACCGGCUCCGACUCUGACUCCAGCUCCGGUCCUGGCUCCAAUUCCGGCUUCGACUUUGACUCCGGUUGGCUGCUUUUCACGGUCCACAACUGUGUCCAAACACCCAGGUGUGCCUGAACUUGUUUUGUUCUUUCUUUCUCGUGCAAAUAUCAGUGUUACAAAUGUUCAUAGACGCUUUGCAUCAUGUUACUAACUCAAUUUUUUUUUUGUUUGAUUUUGGGUUGCCAACGUUUCUGACGUCAUCAGUAUUUUCCUCGAGUUCUACGAACAAAAAAAAAAUCAAACAAACAAA